AUGUCGAUGAGUCGAGUUCAUCUGACCAUCGAACCGUUUAUACUCACUACUCGGGCUCGCUUGCGCUCUCGGGCUAAUCGGUAUACAGCUCGCGAUGACGCUGCGGCAAGGAGGGGGGCGCAUGUGACGCUUAUAUUCGCACAUGGUUUAGGAUUCCACAAGGAGCACUGGGAGCCAGUCAUACAAGAACUGUUCACUACCGAUAUCAGAUCGGGGUGUCCUGUGCUCAAGGAGGCCUGGUCGAUCGACUCUCCUGAUCAUGGGCAGAGUGUGUUUCUGAACGAGGAGGAACUCCGACAUCAGUCCAUAUCCUCAUGCGGGACUUACGGGACCGUGAUCUCGACGUUAAUCCAUUCGGGGCUGGUGGAUCGAGACGAUAAGAUCGUGUUCAUCGGACACUCCGCGGGCGCAUCUGCAGGAGUCAUCUCGACCUCUUACUACGAACGCCGAAGAGACAUCCCGUAUAGUUCCAUGAUCUUCGUCGAACCGAUGAUGUAUUCGAGGGAGUUGCUGUCUCGGAAUGUCGAUGUGCAGAACUGGGUUAUCAAGGCGAGUAAGGCGUGCCUUUCGAGAAAAGAUUCGUGGCCCUCCAUCUCUGCUGCGAAAACAUUCCUGUCCAGUAAAUCUCCUUGGAAGCUGUGGGAUCCAAGGGUGCUUGAUAUCUAUGUGACCUUGGGCGGAUUGAGGCAGUUACCGUCUGGCGCCGGCUCGGGCGUGACGCUGACAUUAGCGAAAACUGCCCAAAGCGCCGCCUACGCCAACGUAGAACCUCAUCAUGACGCUAGCGAACAACUCAAUAAUAUCGCCAGCUAUAUUCCUAUACAAGCGAUCUUUGGGACGCGUGUUGAUUACUGUCCGAGGGCUAUUCAAGAUAAUAUUCGUGCUCUACUUGAGAAGAGUAGCAAUAAUCAAAUCGAGUUCAUCGAAGAUGCCGGACAUACGGUUGUACAAGAGCAACCUACACGCUUAGCCCAAGCAUUGUACGGGUUUAUCCAGAGAGACUUUUCAGUGAUCCAAAGCCGAUUAUGA